AGAAGUGUAUAUUUCUUCCUUUUAUGAUCGAAAAGACCGUCACCAAUGCUGAAGACAAAACGUGCGGCCCCUAAUGAACAUCAUGAAGAUGAAGUUCCAUUGCUUCAGGUACGAUCACGAAUGUGGGAUGCCGUCAUUUCCGAUGAUUUGAACCUUGCCAAGUAUCUGCUGGAGAAUGGCGUCGACCCCAGAGCCAAGGAAAGAGGGCAGACAACCACCGCACUGAUGGAGGCGCACAUCCUGGGCAGGACGGAAAUCGUAAGGCUUUUCCUCUCCAACUCUGGAGAAAAACUGACUCCUCCUUCGAAUACGCUCGUGAAAGGAUGCAAAGAGGUUAGCUUAGUUUUAGCAAUACUAUUUUUUGCAGAUAUUUACUUUUUAUAUUUUUUAAUGCGGAAGGAUAAAACACAUACAACUGGUAACAUCUGUACAUUAUACGGCAAAUAACUUCCCAUCUUCAGU